CCACAAUGCUAAAAUUGUAAUAGAUAGUAUGAGUAUCCCAUUAAUCGAAGAAAAUAGUAAUAGAACUAGCUCCACUAAAAAUAACCCAUUUGAUUCUUCUGAUUCUGAAACAGAGACCAAUUCAUCUAACUUCAAUUCUUACAAUCGUUCUCGAAAGAAGAAAUGCAUGCCUAGCCAUUUUAUGACUACUUCUGACUUGAGGCCUAAACCUGAUCUAACUUUAGAGGAGCUCACGAAUAUGCUCAAAAAAUUAUCUCUCAGAAGCAAAGAUAAUAAAUACUGA